GUGACGGCCCCAGGAGUCUGCAGGGCCCUGGGGGGCCGGGACAGGCUGAAGGAUCCCUGCAAGGCCCCGACCCCCAUGCUGACCCAGGCUGGCUAACGGAGCUGCUGGCAUCGCCCGGGGCCCAUGCCACGGGNNUUAACCCCUCUCUGCUUUACCCUCAGGACCUGCUGGGCUGGUCGCGGAAGGACCUGUGUAGUGAGUUUGGCAUCGGUCGCCCUCGCCAGACCGAGACCUUCGACUGGAGCCGCCCAGCUGUGUCCAGGGAGAGAGACUGGCCUGCUGAGACUGAGCAGGGCCAGAAAUUUGGGGAGGGCUGGAGCAGCAACUAUGGAGCCACGGAGCUGAUGGGGGACACAAGACUCAGCAGCAGCGACUGGUCCCAACCUCUCAGCACCAGAGAGAGCUGCCUGCAGGAUUCAGACUUCAGUGCCACCACAGCCAAGUGGGGCCCAGGCUAUGGCCUGGGCCGUACUGGCAGCAGAGAGCACCUUGGCUCUGGGCAGGCUGACUGGGGCAGUGGCCUUGGCACAGGGCACAGCCAGCAGCAGGAUGAGGAGCCACGCUCAGGGCAGCCCACCUGGGUGGGCAGAUACAGUGCUGGGGACACAGAGAUGAAGGACAGAGAGCUCACCUCAGACUGGGCUAGUAAAUACAGCAGCCAGGAUGCUGGGAGCAAGGACCAGGAUUUGACACUGGGCUGGGCUGGCAGAUCCAGCACUGGGGACACUGGGAGCCCAGACAAGGAGCUCAGCCCCAGCCGUCCAGCCUGGGACAGCAGGUACAGCACCCGAGACAUGGAGAGCCAGGACCGGGAGUUCAGCCCCAGCAGGCCAGACUGGACUGAGGAAUACAGGAACAUGGAGAGUCAGGACAGGGAGUUCAGCCCCAGCAGGCCCGCCUGGACUGAGGAAUACAAGGACACAGAGAGUCAGGACAGAGAGUUCAGCCCCAGCAGGCCAGCCGAAGGCAAGGAGUACAGCACUGGGAAUGUGGAGACCCAAGACCAGGAAUUCAGUCCCAGCAGAGUGGCCUGGGAUGACAGGUACAGCACCAGGGACAUGGAGAGCCAGGACCAGGAGUUCAGUCCCAGCAGGCCAGCCUGGGGUGGCAGAUCCAGCACCAGGGACAUGGAGAGCCAGGACCAGGAGUUCAGCCCCAGCAGACCAGCCUGGGAUGACAGAUCCAGCACCAGGGACAUGGAGAGCCAGGACAGGGAGUUCAGCCCCAGUGGAGCAGCCUGGGGUGACAGAUCCAUCACCAGGGACAUGGAGAGCCAGGACAGGGAGUUCAGCCCCAGCCGACCAGCUGAAGCCAGUGAGUGCAGCACCAGGGACCCGGAGACCCAGAGUGGGGAGUUCAGCCCCAGUGGAGCAGCCUGGGGUGACAGAUCCAUCACCAGGGACAUGGAGAGCCAGGACAGUGCAUGCGCACCCAGCAGAAUAGCCUGGGAUAGUGGGCACAGCACCAGGGACAUGGAGACCCAGGAUGGGGAGUUGUUCAGCUCCAGCCGGCUGAGCUGGCCUAGUGAGCACAGUGUUGGCCAGACGGGGCUGGUCAGGGUUGAGGAGGACAUGCCCAGCUCCCACUGCCCUGAUCCCCCAGCCCAGGAGCUCACCUGGGGCAGUGCCCACCGACAGGAGCACAGCAGCUCCAGCAGCAGAGACUGGGCUGAGCAGCACGAAGGGGCUGAGUGCCACCACCAGUUCAGUGUCAUUGGGACAGAGCGGGCACCAGACCCCUGCAGCACUGGAGCCUCGGAUGGCUCCAUGCAUGAGCUGGAUGCAUCCAGCUGGAGUGUGGAGCCGCAGGAUGCCGAGGCCAAGCGCCAGGAGUGGGCGAGUGCGUUCGGCGCGCGCUGUGCCGCCCGCAGCCGUGACCUUGGAGCAGGGGAGUGCAGCCUGGGAGCGGACAGUGGCAUGGAGGAUGGCAGGAACCUCCAGCUCUCAACCCCCAGCCCGGCCAUGGAUGAUGAUCCAGCUGACCCCCCAGCUGUGGAGCCCCCCCAGAGCAAGCAACCCAACCCUGCCGAGGAGGACUGUCCAGAGCCAGAUGGAGAAAGCCCCCCGGGCUGGGAGGAGCAGCAGCUCUCCCUGAGCACCCCCCAGCCCGAGGGGUCCAUGGAGCAGGAGUUCCCCUUCCUGGAGGACACAGAGCUCCUGGACAGCAGCGUGUUCCGGAGCAAGGCCAGCCUGGGCCGCAAGCGCCCGCACCGGGCACCAGCUCUGCGUCCUGUUACUGCUGAGGGGGAUAGCUGGAUCUUCCGGGACUCCACAGAGCCCCGGCCAGCCCCAGCAGCAUCCUCUGACGAGGAGGCAGCGGAGGAGCCCCGGAGCCGACGAGUGCGCAGCUCCCCCUCAGGCAGGGGGGUCAAGGUGCCCCUCUUCCCUGGUCUCAGUGCCUCUGCCAUCAAGGCCAAGCUGAGAGGUCGCAACCGCUCAGUUGAGGAGGGGACAUCCUCAGGGGACAGCAAGGGGACCCCCUUCAAGGAGCCCCACGUACAACGCUCCAAGUCCUGCAAGAUCCCUGGCAUGAGUGGGAAACCUCCGGCACUGCCUCCCAAGCCAGAGAAAUCCUCAGGGUCUGAGCCCUCUUCUCCACACUGGCUGCAGGCCCUGAAGCUGAAAAGGAAGAAGCCCUGA